AUGACUUCAACCCAAAAGUUGAGUUCAGAAGAAUUACUACAAUUUUUAUCUGAUAUCAAGACAAAUAUAAGUGAUCAAGAUACAGACUUUAAAAAAUUAAUAUUAUAUUUAUUACAAUUUUUAAAUUCUAAAUUAAUUGAUAUAACUCAAGUAGACAACAAAAAUAAUGAUGAUAUACUAUUCAAAAUUAUAGAUACUAUUGAAUUAGUUUUAAGCAAGAAAUUAUAUUUAUUAAACGUUUCAUUAAAAUAUCAGGAUAUUAGCUUAAUUUAUAUACCAACUUCAAAUACAAAAUUAAUUCUGGCUCAAGAAAUUCUACUUUACGAAUGGAUUAUAUUAUUUAUUGGUCAUCAUAUUUCAACCACAAAUUCAAAGCCGGAUGUUGUUAAUCGGUUAAAGAGUUUAAUUAUUCACAAUAUUGACUUAGUAUCAACAAAAUUACAUAAUUACAAAUUUAUAAAGCUACUACGAGAAAACCUAAUAAGGUCUUUAAAUCUUGAUAUUGACCAUUGUGUUGAAAAUGUUUCAUCAUGUAAUAAUCCUACAUACUUGAAAAAAUUAGUUUCAUCUUGUCAUUUGUAUUCAAUUGUCAAUGAUUAUGAUAUUAAUAAAAAGUUAUCAUUAAAUUCAAGCGCAUAUCAAUUAAAGUUACAAAAUUUUGGUAGAGAACUUUGGCAAAUUCUUGACAAUGCGCAAUUGGUAUAUAAUGAACAAAACUUGGUAAUGAUUGAUAACCUUAAAAGUUUAUUGGUGCUAAAUCAGUUGGAUAAUAUUUUGAUAGAUGAUUUGAUUAAUUGGAAUGAGAUUCAACUUUUGUUAAUGAAAAUUUUGGAAUUAAUCAAUCAAGAUUUUAAAAAAUUGGCAACAGGAACUAAUGGAUUCGAAUUUCCAAAUAUUGUACAAUCAAUUUCAAUCACAUUAUUUAAAAUUUAUUCAUACUGUAACGAUAAAAACCUAGUACCCAAUUUUAUUUCAAUUUUAGAUUUUGAGGGAUUAGUACGUAAAGUAUCCUACAUCAACCUGUUUCCAAUAUCAAUUAAGAGUACAAUAUAUUCUAUUUAUUAUCAUUUAGAGUCAAAGCAUAACUUUUUAAUAAAUAUAACUGAUGCUUCUCCCAUUGAUUUCAAAAAUUUUCAGUAUUCAUCUAAAGAACUAAAUGAUUUAAAGCUAAAGUUGAAUCAUGAAUCUACUACCAUGGAAAGUCUUGAAUUUAUAACUCCUGAAAAAUUCAAGUAUAUCGCACCAAUUAAUUCCAGUGAAACUGAAAAACAAAUUCACUGGAUCAGAUAUGUGAGAAAUUUGGUUCAGUUAGACUUUGGAGAAGUUGAAAAGGAUGCAACGAUGUUCACAUUGCUUACUGCGCUAAGUAAAUUUCCAGCACUUCAAGUAGAUUCAAAUGAGGAGAUUAGUAGAUAUAGAUUAAAUGUUCAAACUACAACUCAGUCAUUAAUACUAGAUGAAAUUAUAACAAAUUUUUUCAUUCCAAAUAUGAAUUAUAUCAAGUCAAAACCAUUAAUUGCAUGCAACUUUUUCAACAUGUUGUACAAUUAUUAUACGACAUAUCUACCGAAUUAUGAUGAAUCACUUAAUGGAUUAAUAAGUAUAAUGCUUCAAAUUUUAGAAACUCACUCAAACCGAAACUUAAGGAUGAUCAUCACCAAAAUCUUACCAUUAUACCUCAUAAGAGAAUGUAAAGAAUCACAGCAUGAUAAAAUGUUUAAAUUUAUAUUUCAAAGAAUUACGAAAAUAGAUUUUACUUCCAGAAAUCGUCGUCAUUUUGGUGAGUCUACAAUUUUUUCAGUGGUUGAAUUGGCAAAAGUAUCACAUGGUAACAGACUAUUUGCAUCAUAUUUAAAGUUAGUUGAUUGGUUAGGUGAACCAAAUGAUCAACAUUCAAAUUAUGCUUAUUCUGGAUUUUGGGAUAUUGCUCACUCCAAAAAAAUCUCACCAUACAAAAUGUUAUCACCUUAUUUAUCUACAAUUGCAGCUAUAAUUAUUACUAAACCAUUGGUUUGUGAAAAACUACUACAAGUCAUCAAUAUGAAACGUGAUUAUUUUCUUAGCAGGACUAAGGAAUAUACGGUGCCGAAAUUACUUGAAUAUUUUAAAGAUACUACUAUAAUUGGUCAAAUUGCUGAUGCCUCAGAUAUGUCAAUCAAAAAAUUAUUGGCUCAAAACUUACCUAGAAUAUUAGCAUUAUACUUGGUGCAAGAUUCUUCAAAUGAAAGAUAUGUUAUCAAAGUUUUAAGUAGUAAUUGUCCAGAUUAUAAGCAGGUAACAACUGAAGAAAUUUUUACUUCCGCUGGUGAAAUAGCUUGGUACAUAUUAUUAGAAAUCCAAGUAGAUGAUGACGGUAAUAUUCGAAAUUUAACAAAUAUCAUAUCAGCAUUGGAAAUUGUUGCUAAGAAUUCACAUAGUCAAAAGCAUCAAAGAGCUCAAAAGGGUAAAAUGGCAAGUAUGUUAAUUGAAGAACAAAUAUUAUUAUUGGUUCAAAAAUUCAGUGAUGUUACUCAUUCUUUAAAAAGUGCCAAACCAUAUAUGGAAAGAAGAAGUGCUUUUCAAGCAAUACUUUAUUUAAUUAGAAAUCAUGGUGUUGCUUUAACUUCUGCAUUAGGUCAAUUAUCAACUUGUUUACAAGCCAUGUUGGAAGAGCCAGAUUUUCAUGUUUUAACUUUAACUUGUUGGAGAGAAUUAGUUGAAAGAUUACCACCCUCACAUUUAAUUUCAUUAAUUGAUAUUGUCAUUUCCAUCAUUUUUCAAAAAUUUCAAACUUUUGGUCCAGAUGCUCAAAAUAUUGCAAUAGAGAUAUUGAAAAAGAUUUAUAAGGAAAUUCAAGAUAAAUAUAAUAGGUUCUCAUUGUACUAUUUAUCUAUUCCAUUUUUGGAUUAUAUGGCUAAUUUUAAUUUUAAUAAGGAAUUUCGUAAUAUGAAAACUCCAUCAAGAUUACAAAUAUUUCAAGAAUUUAGUAGAAGAUUAGGUACUAAAAAUCAAUAUGUAGUUGAGCAAGCAUUAUUUGAUUUAUUUAAUUAUGUUAACAAGUAUCAAAUAAAUUGUCAAAAGGAUAUUUUCAAAGACUCAAGUUUACAUGAAACAAUAACUAUUUUGGUAAGAACAAUAUUAGAUACUGCGUCACAUUUUAAAAACAAAAAUCCAAAAAUUACAUCAGAAUGUGCGAGAGUUUUAGCAGUAUUUGGAGCAUUAGAUGCAAACAAAUUUCAUUUUAAAACGGUCAAACAACUGAUAAUAGUUCAACAAAAUUUUGAAGACCAAAAAGAAAAUUCCCGUUUCUUAAUUGAUUUUAUUGAAAAUCAUGUUUUGAAACUAUUUUGGGCAUCAAAUGAUCCACAAAAACAAUUAUUUGCAGCUUUUGCAAUGCAAGAAUUUCUACAAAUACUUGAAUUAAAUGAAGAUAAAAUUAAAGAUUCUCAGAAUUCAAUUUGGUCAAAAUUUAGUGAUGUUGCAAAAUCUACCUUAACUCCGUUAAUGAAUUCAAAAUAUACCGCGGCUGCAAAAUUAAAGAUAGUUCCAAUUGCGUUUCCAUACUAUAAAACUGGUAUGAAGUAUGAAACUUGGUUAGUAGAUAUAACUUUGUAUCUUUUGAAAAAGGGGAGUUUUCACGGUGAAACUCAAGAGCCAAAUACUAGACAAUUGAUAUUUCAAAAUUGUGCAAUUCUAUUAAAAGAUCAAGAUAUUUCUAUUUGUCAAUAUUUAUUCAAAUAUGUUGUUUUAAGUCAUAUUUUAUGUUUGAAUCAUUCAGUUGAACAAGAGAUGUUAGAGGAGUUCAACCAUAUUUUCAACAUAGAUUCUAAUGCUUCACCUUCUGAUAGAACUGAAGAACUAAAAUUAUGCUUUCAAACUAUUUUCACUGUAUUUGAUUAUUGUAACGAAUGGUUAUCAGCCACAACUCAAAUUGCAAAUAAUAAUAACACUACCAGUUCCUCAUCCUCUUCAACUGAUGUAUGGCUCGAUAAGAUUGAUUUAGUUACAAGAUUUAUUGGUGCAUUUGGUAUGGAUUUAAUUGCAAUUAAAUCCGCAGAAUGUGAUUCUUAUGAACGUACUAUUUUGUAUAUCGAAAAAUGUUAUCGUGAUGGUCAAAUUGAUUCAGAUUUCAAACUUGGUGAUAUAGAUGCUGCAAAAACUUUACAAAAUAUGUAUGCUAAUAUUAAUGAUUAUGAUGCAUUGAAUGGUACUUUGAAGAUGUUUUCAUCAAAUAAUGUGAAGGAAAAAUUGAAAACUUUUCAGUAUAGUGACAAUUGGAGUUUAGCUUUAGAGUCAUUUAAAGUCUCUAAUAUUGGUAGAAAAUCUGUUUCAAAAAGUACAAGUUUAUUAAAAGCAUUAAAUGAAUAUGGAUCUUAUGACGAAGUGUUGUCAACCUUAUCAGGUACCACAGAUUUAAGAGAUUUGAAUCAAAUACCAUUGGAUUGGGCACUAGUAGGAUUAAGAUCUGCUGUAUAUUCUGGUAAACCUGAUCAGUUGACAAAAUGGCUUGAAGUAACUGAUUCAUUGGGUAAACCUAAAGAUACUGAAACUUUAGUCAACUAUGAAUUAGCACGUUAUAUUACAUGUUUAUAUGACAAAGAUAAAAGAGGUAAUUUUGAAGAUUCAAUGCAAAACCUAUAUAAAGUCAUUGGAAAUUCAUUAGUUUCUUCAACAUCAUCAAGUUUUAGUAGAAAUGUUAAUCUUCUAAAUCAAUUACAUUCAAUAUAUGAUAUGGGUGAAAUAUUAAAAUCAUCAGAUGAAACAACAGAUCAAUUGAGAUUAAGAUUGAGUAAUGUUGAUCAAGAUUUUGAUACGCAAAAUAAGAUUUUAACACUUCAUUUAGUUGCAAAUCAAAUUAUUAAUAACGACAAGAAAGUUUCUGAAAUUUAUUUACAUCAAUCAAGUUUGGCCAGAGAGAAUGGAAGAUUAGAUGUUUCAACGAGUUCAAUCGUAAAAGCUAUGGCUUUAGAAAAUCCUGUUGCAAAUAUUGAAUACUCGAAAUUAUUAUGGGCUGAAGGUAAACAAUCUGAAGCAAUUAAAAACAUAUCAGAAAUAUUGAAAAACACUGAGAUUAAUAAUACUCAAUUUAAGGCUAAGAUCCAACUACAAUAUGCCAACUGGUUAGAUGAAUCAAAUCAUUUAUCAGCUCAUCAAAUUAUUGAAGAAUACACAAAAGCUUUUGAACUAGAUAAGACGUAUGAAAAUUCAAGUUAUGAUAUUGGGAAAUAUUACAAUAAAUUGAUGGAUUCUUCAAAAGAUGAAUCGGGAUUUUAUCAACAAUUAACAGUUAGAAAUUUCAUAUGUGCCGUUUCAAUUGGUUCACUGUUUAUAUUUGAAGCAUUACCAAAAUUGAUUACGAUCUGGUUAGAUUUUGCCAAACUUUCUAAACAUAAGAAAAUUGGAGAGAAAAAAUUGAAACAAAUUAUACAAGACUUAACUGAUGGUUUGAAAACAAUUCCUACAUAUGCCUGGUAUACUGCUAUAACUCAAAUUUUAUCAAGAAUUGUUCAUGAACAUGAACCAUCUUAUAAAUUAUUAUCUACAAUAGUUGCAACGAUAAUAUCUGAAUAUCCUCGUCAUAGUUUAUGGUACGUUUUAUCACAUACAUAUUCAGGUGAUCAAAAAAGAAAAGAUAGAGUCAACAAGAUUUUGAUGAAUGCUAGAAAAAGAAAAGAUUAUGAAACUCUAAUUCUAGAAGCACAAGAUUUAUUUGCAAAAUUUAUUAGUAUUGCUCAAAAAUCGGUCAACAAAUCAUCAAGAGUUAGACAAUUGUCCUUGAGUAAAUAUUUUAAUUUCACCGAUAUCAAUAGAGCUUAUGACCAAUUAGUUAUACCAGUCCAAUCAAAUUUGCAAAUUAGAAUACCUCAUAAAGAAGCAAGUUCAUACUCAGGAGCAUUUCCACGUAGUGCUUCAGUUACAUUUAAUGGAUUUUCAGAUCAAGUCAAUAUUUUCUUUUCAUUACAAAUGCCAAGACAAAUUACAAUCAAAGGUUCAGAUGGUAAACCAUAUAGAUUAAUGAUAAAAAGUGAUGAUACAAGAAAAGAUGCGAAAGUUGUUGAAUUUACAACAAUGGUUAAUAGAAUAUUAUCAACAAGUGCAGAAGCAAGGAAAAGAAAUUUAAAUGUUGCAAAUUACUCAGUCAUACCAUUAUCUGAGAACAUUGGUGUUAUUGAAUUUGUGAUGAAUGUUCAAACAAUGAAAAGUAUAGUUAGUGAACAACGGAAAAGAAAUGGAAAAGUUGUUAAUGAAAGACAAAUUUUCAAUACUAUAAAUCAAGCUCAAAAACAAUUUUUUGAUAAAAAUAAAGAUAACAGGUCACUAAAUAAUUUAGUAAGUUUAUUUAAAUCAGUGUGCGAUAAAAACCCACCAGUUUUACAUCAAUGGUUUAUUGAAACAUUUCCAGAUCCAAGUUCUUGGUAUAUGGCAAGAAAUUCUUUUACAAGAUCAUCAGCAGUUAUGUCAAUAGUUGGUUAUUUAAUAGGGUUAGGUGAUAGACAUUGUGAGAAUAUAUUAUUUUUCAAAAAUAAUGGAUCAAUACUACAUAUAGAUUUUGAUUGUUUAUUUGAAAAAGGUUUGAAUUUACCAACACCAGAAAUUGUUCCAUUUAGAUUAACCCAAAAUAUGAUAGACGCAAUGGGAAUAGUUGGAGUGGAUGGAAGUUUCAGAAUUUCUUGUGAACAUACUGGUAAACUUUUGAGAUUAAAUGAACAAUCAUUAAUGAAUAUUUUAGAAACUUUGUUAUAUGAUCCAUUAUGUGAUUGGAAAAUUAAUUCAGAACCACAAAAGGAUUUAUCAAAAGUUAGAAAAAAAAUUAGAGGUUUAAUUAAUGAAGAUGAAGGAUUGGUAAUGAAUAUUCAUGGUCAAGUUGAUUUUUUAAUUCAAGAGGCAACUUCAAUUGAAAGAUUAUCUCAAAUGUAUGGCGGUUGGUCAGCAUAUAUAUAG